AUGGACACAGAUCUUGAAUGCGUAUUCGACAACUACCCGGCUGGCUUGGGUGUUGACCACUGUCGUCUUUUUUCUUAUCAGCUGGUGCGAGCGAUCAAUUUCAUCCACACGGCGCGCAUCAUUCACCAAGACAUCAACCCCUCCAAUAUUCUCGUCAACCCUGACACGCUAUUUGUAAAGCUUGGCGACUUCGGAUCGGCGAGGAUUUUGGACGUUUGUUUCGGCAAGCGCUGCCUCUCCAUUCCCGCUUAUGCGCGGUAUUAUCACUCGCCUGAAGUCUUAGCUGGAACUGGCAUCUAUGACCUGAGCUCGGACAUGUUCUCCCUUGGCUGCGUUCUGUACAUUAUGGCAACUGGUACGAUUCCAAUCAAGCACGAGUCCGGAGCUGCCCCUGACCUUCUCAAAGAAUGGAAGUCUUUUAACUUCACGAAAAAAGCAUCUCCCGACGCCAUAUUCUCCAAUUUGAUCGAAAAGUGCCUUUCAACCGAGCCACUUAACCGUCCAACAGCAAGCACCCCCUGUAGCUCGUCAUUUUUUGCCGAAUUGAGCAACGGCGCGGUGCACCAGGUGCCCAAGUCCAAGUUUUCUGUUGAAGAGGAAGUCUUCGAUUACGAACAUAUUUACGAUGGUUAG